AUGUCACCCCGACCAGUGACCGACACCCCUUCUUCCGCCCCUUCCGCCUCCGCGUCCCCCUCCCCAAACGACCAUGCGCCGGCCUCCGCCGCCAUGGAGAAGUGGCUGCCAGCCUACGUAGUCAUCCUCGUCCUCUUCGCCCUGUCCCUGCUCUGCUCCGUCGUGCUCAUCAUCUUCCUCUUCCGCAAGCACCGCCCCUCCUCCGACAGCGCCGCCCGCCCUCCCCGCCGCUCCGGCGGCGUCGUCACAGCGCCCUACGGCCCGCCGCAGUACAUGCGACACGGCGGCAACGAGCCCUUCGAGCUGCAAGCCCUGAGAGGAGGAGCGCAGGACCGCCCCGCGAACGCCACCCACGAUGACACCUCGACCGGCAGCAGCAGCAGCAGGCCCGGAGGGAACGAGACAGACGGCAACAAACAACGGCCCACCCCCGCGAGCGGCGGUGUGCAGACGCCGCCGCCGCCGCGGCGCUCGCUCCCGGCGACGGGCUACAACUGCCACCGGCACCCGGCGCGGCCGAGCCUGCAUGAGAUCCUGAGCCGCCCGUCCGACGACCAGGACGACCACGGCCGGCGCAGGUACCCGCCCGGCGUGAACCCGUACACCAUGGAGAUCACGCGACGCGCCCCCUCUCCCUCUUCUCCCCGCGCCUCUUGUCGGUCCUCCUCCGAUGCCGCCGCCGCGUUGCUGGCCGAGGGCGGAGGAGUCGCCGGGGUCAACAAGCCCGCUCCUCCUGCUGUCGCUGCUGCUGCUGCUGCUGCUACUUUUGUGCCCCCGUCGCCGGCCGUCACGGAUUGCUGCUGGAAGGACGGCGAGGAGCAGGAUGCGAAGCCGUCGCGCGGGACGAGGCGAAAGGGAGGGUGGAUCAGCCGCAGGCGGAGCAGCAUGCGCAGGCUCGGGGGCGAGAGCACCAGGGAGCGGGUGCGCAAGUUUGUAAAGGGAGAGUACACGAGAUCUCAUCAGAGGGGAUCCAAGGUAGAAAGGGGAGAGCAAACAAGCAAACAGAUCAUAAUAGCGUAA